GAAGGUCUGCGCUCGAGGUUCGGCAGUGCAGAGAGUACGCUCAAAAACGGUCGCCGGAAACGCUCUCAACCCGCGAUUCGAACUCAUGACUCUCUUUCAACUAACGGAUGAGAACGCCGCAGUAGUCGUUUUCCAUGUACUACAUCAAACCGAAGGUGGCGCCUGUCUCCUCGCAUGCAACGCUCUACGCGUCGCAUGGCUCAAUCCUGGCGUACGAUGGGUUCCUCUCUUCGACACAUUAAACAACGAACCACUGCGGUGUGCCGGCCUCUGGGUCAAAGUGCAAAAAGUUACCAAAACUACCGGACGCAAGACUCCUGCACCUCAACACCGUACACCCUCCCUCGUACACCGCAAACACCAUAGACAAAAGUCCGCAUCCAGAAUCAGCAAUUAG